CUCCGUAAAGCUUCAAAUAACAGCAGCCAGCCGCUAGUGGGCUAACGACGGCGACCGAAAGCAAAAGAAGAGAGGAGCACUUUGUCGACGGGGGGGACACUUCACCUGAUACGAGCACUUACUCAACCUGUACCGGGAUUUAAAUAAUCCAACAUAAGACGCUGAAACGUGAAGGAAAGCGAAGGGUCAUCGAAGGACGCCGUGAACGUCAGCGGGAGAGAAAGAUCGCACCGCUAGCUUUGUUAGCAUCUCCGCGCAUACGUAGUUUUAGCUCCGUUCGGCUAACUGCGCUAGCUCGAGGAAAAGAAAGGAAAAGCCCCGGUGUCAAAAUACUUGACGGGAUUGUGAAUCAUCCUGGCACACUACAGCUGCCGCUUACUGCUCGCAUCGGAAAGCCUUCAAAUCAAAGAGAAUAACAUCGAGAGAGGAUGGCUCUGAAAAGGAUCCACAAGGAGCUCAACGAUUUUUCUCGUGACCCUCCUGCACAGUGCUCAGCCGGCCCAGUGGGUGAUGACAUGUUUCACUGGCAAGCCACAAUCAUGGGACCUAAUGACAGUCCAUAUCAGGGAGGCGUUUUCUUCUUGACAAUUCAUUUUCCAACAGACUACCCCUUCAAACCCCCCAAGGUUGCAUUUACAACAAGAAUUUACCACCCAAACAUAAACAGUAACGGCAGUAUCUGCCUGGAUAUUCUCAGAUCACAGUGGUCUCCUGCACUUACUAUUUCAAAAGUACUUCUCUCCAUUUGCUCACUCCUAUGUGACCCAAACCCUGACGACCCAUUAGUGCCAGAGAUCGCACGAAUGUACAAAACAGAUAACUUGAAAUACUGCAAAACAGCAAAAGAAUGGACAAGCAAAUACGCCAUGUGAUGGCUGGAGAGGUGGAGGGAAAAUGACGUUGCUGGUUCAAACUAAAAAAGAUCCAGGAUUCAGUUUUUUUCUUUUUUUUCUUUUCAGUUUUUUUUUUUUCACUUGUUUUGUUUCCUCCUUGUUUUUGUUAAUCAGAGCAUUUUACCCCUUACUUUUUCCACCCGCGCUCAUAAGAAGAUAGUGUUUUCUCUCUCUAGGACAUGUGCCAGUUUCUGUGAAGUUUCAUACGGAGUUUAAAAAAAUAUAAUAAAAAAUCACCGUGGUGCUGAACAGCUUGAGCAUGCCCCAGUAAGAGUUUUUCAACCCCAGAUUUGGUGAUGUUAUUCGUUUACUCUGCACACACUUAGUAGAAUCGGAUGCGACUGGUCUCCUGUCCGGGUGGAUCUUUACUUCACUGUGGGCUUAAAGCACUGAUAGAGAAACCUGUCUUUUGCAAUCAAAUCUCAACUUUCAAAGCGGCAAAAAUUCGGCUGCAUUUUAAAUCAAAUUUGGUGAAAUCAAAAAAAAAAAGGGGGGAAAUGCCAAAUCUGAAAGAUUUUGAAACUGGCUAGCAGCUCCUGCAUUGGCUUCCUGGACUGGCGUGACGUCGGUAUGUUCUUCUGAUCAUUAGUAUAGCAACCUCUUACCUGAGGAAAGACGUGUAUCUUAUUCCACUAUCAAAGUGUGUGUACAGAGAAGCACAGCAUUAUAUAUCAAUGUUAAGGAAACAAAAAUAUAAGAACUUCAGUGUUGUAUUUUAUGCAUGUUAAUAAAGGUAGGAUAUUAUAUCUGAUAUGUUUCUGCAGAUUUAAAGUGGAUCGUCAGGCUGAGCAGUUUGGAAGGAAAAAAAAAAAAUUGGUUCCCGUCAAAGGCUUUGUUUCUUUUUCAUUCUUUAGAAGCCAGUAGAUGAGUUUUUAGUUUUACGCCCACUCAAACACUGUCUUCUUGUAGCCCUGAAAUAUUGAUGCAAAGCUGCUGGUUGAUGAUCAACGAGUAGCUCUGUUUCUUUUUAGUUUUCCCUUCAAUAAAGUUACUCAAACCAUAA